CUGUAGGAGGAGGAGGAGGAGGAGGAGGAGGAAGAGGAGGCCUCUCCCUCUGCUCUCUCCAACUUACUGCCUCUGUUGAAGCCAGACCGAGAGGAGACAGCGAAAGUUAGCAGCCGAAACACUUUUUAAACUUUACAACUUAUGUUUUAAUUGACGAGCCGACCGGAAACUAAAGUAGUGUUGGUUAUUUCCGGUCAUUUAUUAACGUUUUUUUCUCGAAGUUCUGACACAAACGAGCCAACAAAGGGAUGAGGCUGAAGAGGACCAACACGGCCAGUGGUGUCAUCACCUUCCACACACCUUUCUCUCUCAGCCUGCUGAAGUCAGAGGAGUGCGUGGCAGACGUGAAGGAUGCUUCAGAGAGCAGAAGGAGCUCGUCUCAGCCGAGGAGCCCCAGUAAAUGUGUGAGAGCAGAGAAAAGGGAUGAGGCCUCACCUCCUGGGCCGCAGCAGGGGAACGACCAGGACCGGCUCUCUCACUCCUCCCUCAGACGACUGCAGGCAAAGAUGGAGACUGAAAAUCAGCAGGCGAAAGAAAUAAUCCAGCCGUUACUGGACACAGAAAAUUGUUUUGUGAAGAAGUUAGAGACAUUUCUGAACCAAUGGGACGUAACAGAGCUGAGGAGGAGGGAGCUGCAGCACAAGCGCUGGACUGAGCGUGUAUGGUUUCCCCUCCAGAGGAGAGUGGAGGAGCGAGCGUCCAGCUGCAGCCCUGUGGCGCUCAAGAGACGCCAGAGUUUAUACACUCACUACCUCCAACACUGCAACAGCAAGGGCUUUGUGUUCCUAGAGACGUAUGAUCUAAGAGAAUACAAUCCGUUUCUUCUCCGCAUCAAAAAGCCACACUACCUCAAGCUGAAGGAAAACAGAACGGCUCGUUCUUGUGAAGCAGGAUUUAAAUACACAAGAGCACAAGACGAGACUCUACCUCAGAGGGACCGUCCUUUUAGUGAGUCUGACAUCCUGCCACAGGCCUUGUUUAAUCAUCGGGCCACUGCAUCCAGAAAAAUUCCAACAGACGAUCAGUCUGCGAGGUGGAAGUCCAGCAGGCUCAACACCAUAUCACACCACAUCAGUGCCACCGCCCAACCAGAUGGAAGGUGCCAUCAGACUGGCUGCUGGAUCUCCAGAUGUGGAUGUCGCCAACAACCAGCAAGUUUAUAGCAGUUUCACCUGUUGCUUCAUCUAAAUAAAAUCCAUACU